AUGCGUCUCCCAUACGUCCCCGACCCUCCCAACUUCACAAACGAAGACGAUAAGGCCGUCGAGCAGCGGGUUAGGAAAAGACGGGGCGAGAAAGGCCUUAUUGCUUUGGAUAGGACGUUGCUUCAUGCUCCUCCUGUUGCUGAUGGAUGGAACUCCUUCCUCGGCGCUAUCCGCACAGGCACCAGCCUCCCCACGUCGGUCCGCGAAACAGCAAUCUGCCGCGUCGCCGUGUUAAACAAAGCUUGGUAUGAAUGGGAUUCCCACUCUCCCCUCCUAAACUCCUCACCUGAAAUAACACCAACGCACACCUCAACAAUCCUGACCCAUGUCCCCCAUACCCCAUCCCCAGCGCAGACCCUCGGCCCCAAACUCUCCGCCGUACUCGCCUACACAGACGCUAUGACGCUCGACGUAACUGUUCCAGAAGAAGUUUUUACAGCAUUGAAAGAGCAGUUUAGUGAGAAGGAGGUUGUGGAGAUUACGGCGACGGUGGCGGCCUACAAUUGCGUGAGUCGGUUUUUGGUGGCUUUGGAUGUUGGGGAGAGGAAUGCACAGGAGGGGCCGGGGGAGGGGGGGAAGGAGUGA